AUGUCAGAAUCUACACCCCGGAAACGCUCUCGGCUGGCAUGCUCAUUGUGUCAAUCCCGUAAGCGAAAAUGUUCAGGUGGACAGCCCUGUAGUACUUGCGCCCAGACUGGUGCAGAGUGCCAAUACAGUGCGCGAAAGAAACGCGCCAGAUCACAUAGCCAGUAUCAAGCGAGUCUCUCGCUCGAUGAACGACCUACAGAUGGCUGGCCAAAGGCAAUUUCGAAUACAGACAGUGCUGGAGGCAGUGCUGCAGCUCAGGCUUCCCCUCAUCAACAAGGCAAGUCGGCGGACGGGACUCAUUCGUUACAGGCGAAUUCGGGAGCAGCCUUCGUCCGCAAACUUGGGUUGAGAAUUGACCCGGCUCAAGCGCCACGGUUGCAUUUAUUUGCGUGGAACGUUGGCGAAAGGCGUCUAUCGCCAUCGCUGCCAUCGUCGCUUUCGCUCGUCACGGCCCCAACGCCGGCGACCAUCACCAAGAUCAUAUCACAAGAAGAGAUGCGACGAUUAGCAGCGAUUUACUUCGAGAAGGUGGAUCCGUGCUAUGCAUUUCUAGAUCGUAAGACAGUUUUUCUCCAAAUUGCAAACCGUUGGCAACCCUCAGAAACACCUAUCGACCUCACAGAGAACCCUUACGAUGCGGUUUUAUGCGGCGUCGCUGCCUUUGGAUAUCUGUUCUCGCGACGAGAGAUUGUAGCCUUGGAACUCCGUCUCAUUGAAACUGCCCGGACUCUCCUAGACAGGAGCAUCCUUGCCGCGGAACUACCAUCGGUUGAUGCAGUGACAGGCUGGGUGUUGCGCGCCGCAUAUCUACGCAUGACGGCUUCAUCACAUGCGGCAUGGAUGGCCAGCUGUACGUUAAUGCAUUUGAUUGAAGCGGCAGGAUUACAUGUUGAGGCGUCAGAUCCAGAGGUAGCAGGCCUACUGCCGUUUUCACCGACCGAGCUACGGGAUAGUCACGUUGGCACCGAGUUAUCAAACGACAACCAGAGGACCAGCGAUCCCGAUACACGACGCAGGCUCUUCGGUAUGGCUCGUCAUCUGAACACAUGGAUAUCCUUUGAUUUGGGUCGCUCCCGAGUUGUCCUCCACGGUGCCACAGCACUCUCAUCCACAACCACCUCUCGUAACGCCCCAACCUCAGCAUCAACACGGGCCCCUCGUGACGACCUCUUCCGCCUCCUCCCUCUCUCCGAAAGCCUAGAUCCAACGGGCCCAUCACCCCAAGACCUCCCAGAACUCGAACACGCUCUCACCUCCGUCCUCGACCUCCUUUACUCCGAGCCGUCCCUAAUCCUCGUUCAGUGUAAUUUAAUGCUCUGCAUCUACCGACGGCUCCGAGCCCUAAAUCCACAUGGUCCUCUCUCCUCCAAUCUACUCGAUCGUGUGCUUGCACUCGCAGGCCGUGGCCUCCGAGCCGCACGAGGAAUGGUCGCCUCCACCUGUCCUUGGCACCAGGUUGCCAACGUCCCUUUCCAAGUCGUCUGCACGCUCCUAGCCAUCGACAACCGGGCAGCGCUAGCACUGCUUGCUGAUGCAAUGCGCACGCUGCGUGAAGUACUUGCAGCCUAUGACACGCCAUCCAUGCGCGAGGCGUAUUCUACCGCCUACUUGCUCAUUGCUUUGCAUCAACGGAGGAAGGAGGAUGAUACCCAUGCUCUUGCCGAGGUGCUACGUGUCAACUCUGCUGCCGCAGGGCCUAAGCAAGAAUUGAAUAAUAUGCCUGCUGUGAAUGCACAGCCUACACUGGAUAAUUUAAGCCAGAUUCGAGACCAGAAUCACAAUCAGAAUCAGAUGCGGGAUGAGCCGGUGGCGCAAGUCUCUGAUGCGGAGUUUUCGUGGCUUGGAGAUUUGAUGAUUGAUAUGCCCAGCCUACAGAAUUUCGAUUUGGACCAAUUCCUCAUGACGGAUGUCCCUUGGCCAUUACCCGAGAUGGGGAUUUAG